AUGAAAUUCACAUCAACCACGGCCUCAGCAGCCGCUACCAUACUCGCCCUCUCCAGCAUCGCUUCAGCCGCUGCAACACCCUCAGACCUCAUACAACCCCUCUUCAAUACCACCAAGACCGCAAACAUCUCCAGUGCCGUCUUCACCGAUCUUCCUAUUCUCUCUGUCCCUUCCCUAAACACAGCAACCACUCACAUCACGGCCACCAAGAACAUCUCCAAAGCCAUCUUCACCGCCCUCCCCAUCCUCUCCAUCCCAACCACCCUCGUCACCGCCACGAUCCCCGUCAACACAACUACCGCCACAACCAUGCCUGCACCACACGUACACGUCCAAGCCGACGCCAAAUCCGACUGGGAGGAGCUUCCCGCCGGAAUGUCUAUGGGGAAAUGUAUGGAUACUCUACACGAGUGCGGGAAGAAGAAGGCUGGCGUGUGCUGGUUGGUUCCGGUGCUUAAGAUGUGUAAGAACUGUGUUUGCUAG